AUCAAAACCGUUGGUGGAAACACUCCUAAAAACCAUGUUAGUAGAGUUAUGUCAAAACUGUUUACAGAUAAAUAUGGGAUUGAGUGUACUUGGACAGGCCGUGGCAAAAACAUUAGUACUAAAAUAGGAGACUCAGAUCUCAUAAAGAUAAUGAAAAAGUCUAUACAAGAAAGCUGUACUAACACUAUCAUCACUAAUUCUGAAUUUGAAAAAGUGGUUUCAGAAUGGUUGAGACACGCAAAUACCAGAUAUAACUCUCUUGUUUUUGUAGAACAAAUAGUAGAACCAUUGAACCAUGAUGCAUGUUUAAUUGUGAAAAAAUAUUUAGAACCUAAAGAACUAACUGCUAAACCAAUUUCAUCGAUUAUACGUGUUGCAGGUAUGUUAGAAAUUAACAGAUUUAAAACGUUGAUGAUUAGGCUUUAA